AGUUCACAUCUCUUCCGACUUCCUCCUCAAAUUCCUGAUUAUCUCUGGGCCAAUUGCACUGAAGUUCUCCUCCAGAGUAGUCUGUGUGUUGUUUUCCAGCUGGUGAUUAUGGUGAAAAUAAGUGCCUUGCAGUGAAAGAGUGAUAAAUUGCUGAUUUGCAGAUCUUUGGCGGAAAAAGCUUUGAGGCAGGAAAAAGCGCAUUGACGCUCGAGUGUCGCGAUGGCGUACGCGUGCAACAUCAAGUUCACAAAUCCCAAUGAUGUCGUGCAUCCCGGCGAGAGAUUGAUGGGCGAAGUGGAGCUGACACUGGACAAGCCGAGGAAGUACAAAGGCAUUUACGUUGUGAUCACGGGCUAUUCCGAGACUGAGUGGCGCGAGAGGGAGAAGACAGAGGUGAAUGGGGAGACGAAGAAGAAGCGCGAGCACUACAGGGGCCGUCUGGACUACUUCAACGAGAUCUUCUAUCUGUUGGCGCAGUCGGACGGUAUUCCGGUGGAGCUGCAGACGGGCCGCCACAAGUUCAACUUUGCCUACACACUGCCGGCCGUGGUGCCGCCGUCCUGGACGGGUGAAUUCGGCCAUGUGACGUACCGCGUAAAGGCGGUGCUGGAUCGGCCGUGGCGCCCAGACGAGACGCACAAGAAGAACUUUAUCGUCAUGACGCAGUUCACGGUGACGCAGCAGCUUCUGUAUCCGCUGAAGCUGCAGGAAGUGGAGCAACUGUGGUGCCUUCCGUUCCACACGAUGCCCUUCACAGUGGAGGCUGAGGUGGCGAAGACGGGUUUCUGCCUUGGCGAGGGCGUUCCUGUGAUUGUGAGGAUACAGAAUGAGAGCAAUUCCACCAUCCAUGAGAUCAAAUUUCAGCUGAGACAGAUCAUCGCUUUCUAUAGCAUGAUGCCGCGGCGGCAGAAGAAGGAGACGAUUAAUAAGAUGGUGGACAUCCGGUGUAAGGUGAUGGACUCGCGGAAGAUUGGCCUGUUUCAGCGCACGCUGAUGCUGCCCCAGUUGCCGGUGUCCUUUGAGUCCGCCACAGAUCUCCUGGGCAUUGCGUAUGAGGUGCGCAUUGAGGUGAAAGUGGGUGGAUUAAACAAGAACCCCGUGGUGAGGAUUCCCAUCUUCGUGGGCAGCAGCUCAACGGAGCCAAACGCACCGACAGCGUCGCCCUCGCCGCCCAUUUAUCCCAGUCUGCAGCACCAUCAGAGCUUCUCCAGCGGCAGUGCCAUUCUCGACACUUCCCUGUGGAAUGUAAGCCACCAAAUGGACAUCAGCGCCACGUCAGACAUCUCCAAUCCCAGCAUCAGUCUGUCCAGUGACGCCACGGGCGUGAAUCCCAGUGCUCCGCCGCCAUCGUAUGACGACGCCGUGUUGGCAAACUUGUCCUUCGCAGAGCACCAGAAGCAGGAGAUUUCCCAGAAGUCAUGGUAUUUUAGGGAGUUUUCGAGGGGUGUUUUAAGUAUGGAUCCUGAAAUAGGUGAGGAGAGAAGAAGCUUGGGACAUUCUAUAGCUCUUCUCGAUCCCGAGGGAUAUUUGCCCGCUGAAAGGGAGGAGUUCUUUGGAAAUUUCUACUUCACGCGAUCGACAUACUUGGCCGGCGAUCAAGUGCAAUGCGAAGUGAGAUUCACGGACUUGAGUGAUUUGACCAUUGUCACCAUCCGUGGUCGCGUGCUGGGAUUCUGCAUAUAUAAACGAUCCAGAGCCAUAUGUUUCUCACCUCCUCAGCCCAGAGAGAUUCUCGAUGAUCUCGUGUACAGCUACGGUCGCGAAGGAGAUCCUGUCGUAGACUUGGAACCAAGAACGUUCAGAAUCUAUAUCAACUAUAGACUGCCGCGAUACUUGCCGAGUUCCUUCGUGCACACCCGCCAGCGCAUCUACUACGUCAUCCUGCUCGAGGGCAAGAGACGCGAUGGGAGCUCAGUAUACACCUACUCGAGGUUCCAGGUGGUGAGCAAAACGCUGAUGCUGAUUGGACUUCAGCCGCCUGGCGAGGUAUCGCAGGCCGUCAGGUACUUAGGGCUUUUCCGAUAUAUGAAGAUUAAGCUGAUGUUGCCCAGCAAGGCGGUCAUGCGAAAUACCGAGUUCUUCACCAUCUUCACCAUAAUUCCGCGCUGCAAGGAUGAGAUUGAGGUCAAGAGGCUCAACUUCUCGCUCAUGCGCGUCAUGAGAUACAAGCUCAAAUGCAGAGGCCUGCAAGAGUUCGACGAAAUAGUUCAUCGCAUUAAAAAGGUCUACUCAUACUAUGUGACGCACUUAUUUGUGAACAACAGGCAGCCCGAGUGGUUCUUCCGGGGACGCAUCAUCAUCCCGCACGAUUGUAUGCCCACUUAUAUGCCCGACGAGUUCUUGCGCAUUACUUACAGGCUGAAGGCAGAACUGGAAGUUAAAUACAAAUUCAUAACGUCAACCCACACCCUUGAGAUUCCGCUGGACAUCUGCUCGGAGGAGCAAUUGGAUCCAACUCAUUUUCCCUUUUGGGACAUGGUCGAUUUCGACCAACAAAACCUCACGCUGCCAAAUAUUGAGGUGGUGGAUGUGGAUGAAGAGGCCGAGAAGCAGGCCAGAAUCAACCAGUUCGACGCGGAAGGCGUGAGGGCUGUGACGCCGGAUGCGGCCAGGCUGCAGGAGGCGCGCUAUCCGGCCAUGGAGCACGAACAGCCUGGCCGGAUAGAACCCGAAGACGGCGAAGUAGAAGGCGCAACAGGUGGAAUUAUGGUCAACUGUGACAUCAAAUACAGCUCUCCGAAGGGCAUUUACUAUUCUGGACAGACGCUCUCUGUCCAGAUUUCGCUGCGAUUUGAGAAACCCAAGAAAUUCCGGAGCAUUUACGUGGUCUUUCGCGGCAGAGCCAAAUGCUUCUGGGCGAGGCGCCAUGGCACGCACAGGAGACGCCAACGGGAGGCCUUCGAGGCGGAGGAGACGUACGUGAACACCACGAGCUAUCUGCACGGAAGCGAGACGGCCGAGCCCGUGGAAUUGCCAGCUGGCGUGCACAACUUCACAGUGGCGUGCGCUCUGCCCGCACAGCUGCCCUCGUCCUUCGAGGGCGAUCACGGCAGCAUCAGGUACAGCGUCAAAGUGGUGGUGGAUCGCCCUUGGAAAUUCGAUCACACGUUCGAGGAAGCUUUCACGGUGCUGAAGCAAUACGACUUGAAUUUUGACUCAUCGCUCAGACUGCCGUUCGAGCGACAGAAAGUCUCCACGUUCUGCUUCUGGCCAUUCAGCACAGGUCCCAUGCAGAUCACCGUGAAGCUGCCGCAGACGGGUUUCGUGCCCGGUCAGUCGGUGCCCGUGCUGGUGGACAUCGUGAACGACUCCAAUGUGUGCAUAAACUAUUUUCGGCUGCUGCUGAAGAAAGAAGUGCUGUACAAUGCCACCACGCCGAAGCCCAAGACGCGCCGGCAGAAGGAGAUUGUGGUGAACAACCGCGUGGAGAAGAAGGCGCCUGGAUCGGGCAGCACGCAAGCUCAGCUAUCGCUGGAGAUUCCCUCCGUGCCGCCUACGAACAUCACGCACAAUCGCGUCAUCCACAUCACGUACGAGCUGAAGGUGUGCGCCAAAACGUCGCGCUGCAGCGACGAUGUGGAGGUGCGAGUGCCCAUCGUCGUGGGCACAGUUCCCCUGCUCGCGCCUCCGCACAUGACAUCCCCCGGGCCAGGAGGAUUUGGGGGACCAGGAGCGCCCGGUGGAUCGGCGAUUAAUCCCAAUUUGCCCCCGCCGUCGUACGAGGAGUGUAUCUCGGGCAAGUACGACAUCAAGGAGGACGACGAUGACAAGGGCAGCACGAAGCCCUUCGUCCCCAUGUACCCCGUGUACAGAUACGACGUGGCGCCACAGUCCAGCGCAGCGACGCCACAAUCUCCGCCGCCGCAGACGUUCUACCCAAAUCCCCAGCUUGCGCCGUAUCCAGUGGCUCAGCCCACGGGCUGCAGCGUCCCGCUGGUGGGAUUUAGCCUCCCGCCCAAAUCCCCGCCCAAGGAGAAGACCACCUAAGCACUCGGAAAUGGAUGGCUCUGUCGUCAUAUAUCCGCAUAAAUUAGCAUCACUUUAUUGAUGGCUUUCACGGUGGAUUUCGCUACUCAAUAUUCCCUCUCUUUUUCACCACGCGCAGAGGGCGGAAUUCCUCCCCAAUAUCAAUUUCACGUCGUGGAGUGAAGAUUCUCAGGCGGUGCGGGGUGAAAUGGCAGUUGAAUGUAUGCAAAUAAUACUCUUUUAUAUGGACAGUGUUGCAAUAUUGCUCUGCGGAGAGAAUUUCAAUAAAAGCACCAUUCCAUGUGGAUUGAAAG